UUACAAAGAGAAAUAUCAGUGAUGAAAUCUUUAAAUCAUGUGAACAUGGUGAAUCUUCACCAAGUCGUGGAAUCAAAUGACAAGUUUUACUUGAUUGUGGAUUUAGCUGAUCAAGGUGAUCUUCUAGAUUUUGUUGGUCUUCACGGCUCCCUUAAUACCGAGAAAACCAAGAAAAUCUUCAGACAAAUUGUCGAUGCAGUUUCUUACUGUCAUCAACAAAAUGUCGCUCACCGAGAUUUGAAGCUUGAAAAUAUCCUCAUGGCCAAAGGUCAAGUCAAGUUGGCUGAUUUUGGAUUCAGUCGACAAAUGACAAGCACAGACUUUUACAGUCAGACAUUUUGUGGUAGUGUAGCCUACACUGCACCAGAAGUCUUACAAGGUAAAAAGUAUAACCCAUUUCAAUCAGAUAUCUGGAGUAUGGGUAUCAUUUUGUAUGCCAUGUUGUUUGGUCGACUACCAUUCGACGAUACAAAUGUCACUAAAAUGAUGGUUGAGUAG